CGUCUAUUUUCUCUCCUGAAGUCGCUUUGAUCUUUGAAUAUACUAGAUAUAUCAUCAUAACGGUUCGGCACGGGAAGCGCUUCUCGUUUCUAGGACACUCAAGGAGAAAAAUUUUAAACGCUGAAAAUAACGUCUAACGCAAUUGUCCGGUGUUUCAUACGGUUAGAACCAGCUACAUAUAUCAAUCGACCAGGAGACGUGCGUUACAGUAGAUUGUAUCGUCGUUAAGAGGCAUUUGAUGUUGACAGGCGCUCCGUGAGGAGUUAACCAGCAGUCCGCUGUAAUAGCGCGUUAUCAGUGACACCAGUCGUCUGGUCUUUGCCGUACUGAUAAGCCGCAGCGGAUUCCCGGACCCAGCUAUGUGGACGCGUCGCGCUCCUCUCCUUUUACUUCCCGUGGUUGUGUUGUUCUUCUGUCUGACAAAUGGACGGUGUGACGCUUUCGUACAGCUCGACAAAUUCAUCGAAGAAGUCAUGGCCUGCAAGGGCAUCCCCGGCAUGGCCCUGGCCGUGGUGUACGGCUCGGACACUGAGACGCGCUGGUACGGUCUUCGGGACGUGCGGCGUGCCCUGCCCGUGGACCGACACACCCUGUUCCCGAUCGGAUCGCUCACGAAGGCGUUCACCAGCGCGCUCGCCGCACAUGUUCUCGGCGACAGGGACGAUGUCGACUGGGACACACCCCUCAGGAAACUUCUCGGGGACUCCUUCGAAAUGCCGGACAAGUUUCGAACCCAUGAUCUCUGUCUUCGUGACAUCCUGGCUCACAAGGUCGGACUGGAGGAAUAUACGCACUUUCAGUUGAUGGGACUGAACCUAACCGGCGAACAGCUAGAAAGCCGACUGCGGUACUUUGACGAGCGGCUCCCGUUCCGCUCGGAGUUCUCCUACAGUAACCUGAUGUACGGGCUGGCCGGCCACGUGCUCGAGCGUCUGACCAACGGCACGUGGACGGACGCGCUGCACAGACGUCUGACGGGACCGCUGGGGAUGGCGGACACGCACACGGCGCGGGACGUGCUGGAGGGGGAGGGUCAAGCCUCAACUUCUGUAUCCUCUUUUCCAAGCCGACUGCGGUACUUUGACGAGCGGCUCCCGUUCCGCUCGGAGUUCUCCUACAGUAACCUGAUGUACGGGCUGGCCGGCCACGUGCUCGAGCGUCUGACCAACGGCACGUGGACGGACGCGCUGCACAGACGUCUGACGGGACCGCUGGGGAUGGCGGACACGCACACGGCGCGGGACGUGCUGGAGGGGGAGGGGCUGAGGGGGAACCUGGCGCAGGGGUACCUGGUGGACCCACUGCAGGGGGCCACUCUGGCGUUGGACGAAGAACAGCUAUGGGCGGUGACGGACUCGGUUGUGGCGGCAGGGGGUGUGGUCUCCACGGCGGGGGACAUGGCCAGGUGGAUGCGCUUCCACCUGAAGGGAGGGAAGACUCCGGAAGGUAUGCGGUUGGUGAGGAAGAGACUGUUGAAGGAGACGCAUGCGCCUCAGAUGACCAUCACAUCCGGGACCUUCCCCCGCGAAAGUCGGUACCGCCCAGAAGCAGCCGUGGACGACACUGUUCCCGCCUACAGUAUGGGCUGGGUCACUGGGACAUACAGGGGGUACAGGCGGCUGGUGCACGGGGGCACCCUUCCCUCCUACAACUCUCUGCUGACGCUGUUUCCGUCGGAAAACGUCGGGAUCUUCACAGUCUCCAAUGGAAUCGCACAGUUCCAGUCAGACGUGCAUUGGUCAAUUCAUAACUACAUCUCCGACUUCGCUCUUGGAAAAAUUCCGUGGCUGAACUCCUCUACAAUCUGUCAACACAGGCACAGGAGACAUACGUGGUCUUCUGAUGGAUUUAGCUACUUCAGCAAACCGUCAGCAGAUGCAGAUAUUGUUGUCAGUUCGCGCCGUUCAAGAGAGACGACUAGCGGAAUCCAACAGACUGCACCGACAACAACUGCCUCUGACCCCCUGCGAAAGUACGCCGGUGUCUACUUCAGUCCCGCUCUCGGAAACUUCUCUGUUCGCCUUUCCCUCGCAUCUUCUAGUCUACGGUUUCGAUACGGGUUGUUUGGAACUGGGCAUCUACAGCCCGGGUUGGUACAAGAACACGUGAUGAGGAUGGUCUUCACUGGCCCGCUGUGGUACAUACAGGGGUUUAAAGUCGUCUUCACCAAAACCUCAGAAGGCUCUGUGAUUUCUUUACAUGUUGAUUCAGGUCCAGAUAACAAGCCAACUUUUCACAGAGUAGACACUGCCGAUACUGACAACUCAGAACAUGACGUUGUUGCAAGUAGUGCAGCACACCUUAGUAAUUUAAAGAUUUACCUUUACAUAUUUGUUUUACUUCAAGUACAUAUAACGUAUUCUAUAUUUUCCAUACCUUGUUGUCAAACUUUUACCUGUGUUUCACCAGUGAAGUAGACUAUAUCAUAUAAGAAAUGCAAAAAUAUAUAUUAUCGUUAAAAAAAGUCUAAGGUUUUUGUGUUUCUUUCC